AUGCGCGUUCUGAGCGUCACUGUCGCGAGCACAGCUCUGCUGUUGGCUCACGUCGUCGACGCGUCCACUCGUUUUGAGAAUCACCAUCGUUUCCAUAGCCGGCACACUUUGCGCAAGCGCGCGUCCACGGCUACUUCUACCAUUAGCGUAGAUCCCGUGAAGAAGCAGGCUAUUGCGCUUGCCUCUCACAGCUGGGAGCUGGGCACAUUGACGGAGGCUUUGAUAGAAUAUGAUAGCCCCUCCUUGUCCGUGUUCGGAACGGGGACAGUGUCCGCAUGCAAAGCAUCCAUUGACUCGGAGGUGUACACUAUUGCUGCCAACAUCAUGAACUCGCGCCCGGCUAAUUCUGCUACACUCGUCGACGGAGAUGGUGCGGCAGGCGACCCCGCCAGCCUUGGACCCGCACUUCUUCUCGUAAACCAAGUUCUGAACAACAGCAGCUAUGCAAAUGCUCUCGAACUUCAACUAAACCACCUCCUGAACGACGUUCCACGCGAUUCUACGACGGGGGGUAUCUCUCAGAGAGAGGAUAUGGUGCAAUUCUGGGCGGACUACGUCAGUAUGGCCCCGCCGUUCAUUGCUGCUUAUGGUCUCACUCUGGGCGACACCACCGACGGCUAUGACCUUCUCGUUGAAGCGUACAAUCAGUGCAAGGCAUAUCGCACCGUGCUUCUUGAUACGACUGUCAGCUUGUGGAGACAUAUCAUGCUCGGUACGUGGACGCUCCCUCAACACUGGGCCACUGGGAACGGUUGGGCGGCGUACGGGAUGAUGCGGGUACUUGCGACUCUGGACAAGUCUCCGCAGAGUAACCAGCUGUCUUCGCAGAAGGCCGAUCUCGCAUUGUGGAUCGGCGAGAUCUUGACCGGCGCAUACAACUACCAGCAUUCCAACGGGACGCUUUACAACUAUAUCGAUGUCUCGUCGCCGGACACCUUCCCAGACUCCGCCGGUACGGCUCUCGUCGCAGCGGCGACCUACCGGCUCGCGAAGUACUCCGGAGACAGCUCCUUCAUCACGAAGGCCGAGCUCGCCUACUCGUGCAUCUCGAAGAGUAUCGUCUCGACGACGGGUAUUCUCAAGAACGUCGUUGACCCAGAGACCUUCAGUACUUCGCUUGCUCAAGGGACAGGCAGUCCCGAAGCCGAGUCCUUCGUACUUCUUCUUGAAGCUGCGCGAAACGCAUACUAUAGUUGA